AUGCAAGAUAACAAAGAUAAACGACCUUGUAAGAAAUUAAAGGUGAACUUUACUUAUAAAAAGCCUACUGAUGAUGAACUUCGCAAUCUUAUUGAUAGUAGCCGAUGUAAAAAUACUGAUUAUUCAACUUCAAAUUGGAUACGAGCUUUGGAAAAAUUUAGAACAGAUGUUAAUUAUCAAGGAUUAAUUGAGAAAGUUGAUACAAAAGAAGAAUUAGAGGAUCAGCUUUGUAGAUUUGUUAAUGCAAUGAGAAAAAAAGAUGGUUCUGAAUAUCAUGUUUCUUCAGUUAAUAGUUGCAUGUUUGAAAUAAAUAAACAUUUGAAUAAUAAGUCUGUCAUUUCAAAACCUAUCAACAUUAUGGAUAAAGAUCAAUAUUACAAAUUAUGGCAGAUUUUGAAUGGUAAAGUUAAGAGUCUUGUGAGUCAAGGUCGUGGGGAGCGUAACGGUGCUGAUGGAUUUACUGAAGAUGAUCUUCUUCAGAUUCUUGAUCAUCCAGCAAUGUCUGGCAAUGAUCCUGCCAGUUUAUUAUAUAGGAUCUUUUUUUUUAAUGCUAUUUUUUUAGGAUUAAGGGGAGGAGAACAUUUCAAUUUGCAGCUUCAAAAUUUUAUACGAAGAAAAGACAAAUAUGGUGGAUUUGAUGUUAUCAUUUACAAAUCAAAAACUAAUCAACACGGUGCCAAUAAUAUUGAAUCUCAAGGUGAUAAGUUAUACAUUCCCGAAAUACCUAGUAUCAUUGAAAUGUAUGAAAAUUAUUUUACCAAACGUCCAACCCAAGCUGAUCCACAUUUUUAUUUAAAGCCAUGCAAUAUUAGUGAAGUUGAAUUUAAUGGACAAUGGUAUCAUAAGCAACAUGUGUCUGAAAAAGAAAUUAAAUCCUUUAUGAAAAAAAUUGUUACCUUAACCGGAAUUAACGAUUUUCAAAUUCUGAAUGUAUGGGCAAGUACACGACAUAAGUCUGAGCAAGGGCUUGCUAGAUAUGAGCGUCCAGAAACUGAAAUUCAACGAAAUAAUGCUUUUAACCUUGUUGAAGCAUUUGGUUUUAAUAAAAAUAAUAUUCGAUCAGAAGAAUCAAUGGAACAAUCAACUUUAUCAACAGACAAUUUCGUUGUUGCAAAAUCAUUGCUUAAUGAUAAUCGUGAAGUUAUUAAUUCGGCAAACAGUAAUAUUAAAGUUACAAGAAGGCCAUUAAAAGAUUUAAAUGAAAUUCAAGAAAAUAAAAGUCAAAAUUUGGAAGAAUUAGUUUCGAAAUUAACAGCUGAUAAAGAUUUUGGCGGUUCUUCGGCUCUUCAACAAGGGAUUUUGGCGUUUCUUUCGGUCUUGAAAGGGAGAUUAGUGUGUAAUUUUCUUUUGACUUGGGAUUUUGAUGGCCGUUCUUUGAAAGGCGAGUUUCCUUCAGCUUUCGAUUUUGGGUUGGAAUGCCAGGUCCCUCCUUCUGGCUUUAAUCUCGGAUUUCUAUUACAGGUUCUGUCCAGUGUUGAGCUUUGGAUGCAGAAACGGAUUCUUGAGAAUUUGCUGGAUCGGGUACCAGUAACAGGGAAACUUUGA